CCCACGCAACGUGCGUAACGUAUAGUUUGUUAGAUCAAAUUAAAAUCGAAGUGAUUUUUUUUUAUAAAAUAUAAAUAAAGAAAAUAUAAACAUGUUUAUUUUAAUAAUGUUAUUGUGUGUAUUUAUCAUAAUAUGUUUAAUAAUAAGUAAUUAUCAGAAGAAACGUAAUGCAAUGUGUCAAUCAAAAAAGCGACUCAAUGGACGUACAACAAUAGUCACGGGCGGGACUUGUGGAAUUGGAUUACAAAUAGCCCUUGAUUUUGCUAAAAGGGGUGCCAAAGUUAUUAUCGCCUGUCCAUUUAAUGACGAAGGUAUUGAAGCUCAAAACCUAAUCAUAGAAAAAACAGGUAACCGAAAUGUGAUUUUCAAACUUCUAGACUUGGGGUCCUUGAAUUCUGUUCGUCAAUUCGCUAAAGAUAUAUUAAAAACAGAAGACAGAUUGGAUAUAUUAAUGAAUAAUGCAGGUGUCGGCGUCAUAGGAGAUUUUUCAACCGAUGAUGGUAUGAGUUUUAUAAUGCAGGUCAACUAUUAUGGGCAUUUUCUUCUAUCUAUUCUCCUCCUUCCACUGCUGAUAAAAACUGGCAAGGAAUCCGAAAAAAGCAGGAUAGUAAAUAUGACUUCGAUGUGUCGUUACAUUGGUUCGUUCGACGUGGAUAAUUACGAUAAAAUUAGCUACUGGUUUAAAAUUAGAAUAUAUUCGAAUAGUAAAUUGUGUUUUGUAUUAUUUUCAAGAGAGUUGACUAAAAGGCUUGCCGGGUAUAAUGUGGUCGUGAACAGUGCAGACCCAGGACUUGUUGGCACGAAAAUAUACGAUAGCUACAAUGUAGUUAUUGGUUGUAUCUUGAGAUAUUUUUUAAAUAUAUUUUUCAAAAAUUUUCGGGAAGGUGCACAGACGGCUAUUCAUAUAGCAUUGGAUGAGAAGUGUGGACUGCAGAGUGGAAAAAUAUAUGAAAAUUGUGAACUUGUUAAUUAUAAUUUUUUUGAUAACAUUGAUUCCGCUUCAGAUAAAUUAUGGGAAAGAUCGAUAAAGCUUGUUAAAUUAGAAAAUCAUGAAUUAGAAUUUUCAAAAUAA